GAGCCAUUCCCGCCUACCCUCUCCCCCACUCCCCCUCACUCUCCAACAUUUCCCCCUCGUUCUUCUCCUCCAUCCCCCCACCAAGUCGCCUACCUGGAAGGGUGUGACAGCAGCAGCAGCAGCAGCAGCAGCAGCAGCAGCAGCAGCAGCAGCAGCAGCAGCAGCAGCAGCAGCAGCAGCAGCAGCAGCAGCAGCAGCAGCAGCAGCAGCAGCAGCAGCAGCAGCAGCAGCAGCAGCAGCAGCAGCAGCAGCAGCAGCAGCAGCAGUGACAGCGGCAGCAGCAGCGGCGGGCCCACGGAGGUGCACCGCCACCUCCUCACACACCCUCCCUUACUCCACCCUCCCACCUCCUCUGCUGCAUCGUCACCUCCUCACGCUCACCGCCAGUGCGCUGAGCCACGUCAGCAGCGGGCACUGCAUCAACCUGCUGUCCAAUGACGUGCGCCGAUUGGACGACCUUGUGUUCUGCAGCCAGGCGCUCUGGGUGGCUCCUAUCGAGCUAGUGUUGGUCACGUGGCUGAUAGCGAGGGAGAUCGGAUGGGUGCCCACCAUUGCUGGCAUUGGCAUGCAACUGCUGCUGCUUCCACUACAGCUGACGUGUGGGAAGUGGAGGGUGCGGCUGGAAGACUCACCCUCUCUCCCCCAUCUGCCUUCCAUGCGCCGCUCCCUCCAUUCCCCUCCCCUUAUGCGCUUUACUCUCGCCCCACCCUCCUCCCACCCACAAACAACCAAACCACACCAGCUGGCCUGUGGGAAGUGGAGGGUGCGGCUGCGGGCGAAAACGGCGGAGGCCACAGAUGCACGCGUCAAGCACACAGAGGAGGUAGGCAGUUGGGGAGAGAGCCUGCAGUGGACAGCUGCCAUCAACGCCGUGACUGCUGCGCUCUACUUCUCCUUCACCUCCGUGGUCGCCCUCGUCACCUUCGCCACCUUCACGUGCCUCGGAGGGCAACUCACCGCCGCCUCUGUGUUCUACGUGCUUACGCUCUUGGAGAUCCCGCACUACACCAUGGGGUGGAAGGUGGCCUAUGGCAUACACCAAAUAGCAGAGGCGUUUGUCAGCUUCAAGCGACUCUCACACUUCCUGCAGACCACCCCCCACAGAGCCAGGCAGCAAGGAGCGCCAUCUCAGAAUGGCUCUGCUCUGCUCCCAGGAGCACACCACCACGGCCUUGACACCCCAACCACCACCAAGUCACCUGAAUCGACAAGGGCUUCGUUUGCUUGGGGAGAAGCAGCCGGGGAGGUUAAGGUCGAGGGUAAGAUGGAGAACAAAGAGGGAGGAGGAAAGGGAUUUAGAGGAAGGAGAUGGAAAAAGCAAGCGCUUGAGGCGAUUUUUGAGUCGACUCAAUCAUCGGCAGGACAUGUACUGGAUAUGACUGAGCCUUGCAUGGGCGAUGAUGGCACGCCUUAUGGCAAGGCCUACAUGAGCAGAGUCAGGAGUUUCCGCCGCGUCCCCAAAGCUUUCCGCGUGCGUUCCCUCCAGCGGAUCAUGAGCUUUCGUGCUGCUGGCCCUUCCCCUGCUGUUGGCCCUUCUGCUGCUGCUGCUUCUGCCGAUGCUGCUGGUGCUGCUGCCUUGGAGGGCACGUGUGUGACCGCAUGGGCGGAGCAAGAGGGGCAGGUGGAGAUAGACGGUGCACCGAGCGGGCAGGUGGAGGGAGUGAGCGUGAGGCUGGGAGAGGCGGAGCUGCUGGGAGUCACUGGCAAGACGGGCAGUGGCAAGUCGUUGCUGCUGCUGGGUAUUCUCGGGGAAGUGCCUCUCUCAUCCGGCGCCAUGCACCGCUCCGUGCCCUCCCUCGCCUAUGCAUCGCAGCAGCCAUUCCUCAUCGAGGGCACGGUGCGAGACAAUAUCCUAUUCGGCACACCGCUAGACGAGACACUGUAUGCCAAGGUGCUGGAUGCCUGCGCCCUGCGCUCGGACCUGGCCCUGUGGCCACGUGGCGACGAGUCAUUGGUGGAGGAGGGCGGCGGCAACCUCAGUGGCGGGCAGAGGGCGCGCGUGUCGCUCGCCCGGGCGGCCUGCGACAGAGUGUUGGUGCUGGACGGUGGCAGAGCAGCGGCGUGUGGCGCCUGGAGUGACAUCUGCGCCCUGCCCUCUGCACAGCAACACUGCGACAAUCCCCCUCUGGGGCGAGACGGCUCUGAUGCUUCUCACGCUUCUGCCACUGACACUGACAGUGCCGCCUGUACCGCUGCCACUGCCACUGCCACUGCCACUGUCCCUGGCACCGGCACCAGCAGCAGCAGCACGAACACGGAUGCUGCAGUGCCGCUUCCAGAGUUGACGCACAGAGCUGCUCACUCUGUUGCUCACUCACACAGCUGCAGAGGCAGCGGCAGUGGCAGCGCUGUGGAUUGCGACUUGAGUAGUGAGAGCAACAACACAGAUGCACCAGCAGAAUGCACGAGGGAAUGCGAGGAGGAGUGCACUCACAGGGACUCGCCGUUGAGAGGAAGCAAAGACGAAUGCCCCGUCAUAGAGACAGACGCUGAGGCGGACAGGUCAGAUGCGGCAAAGGAGGGCAUUCAAAGAGAAUUGCCGUUGAGAGGAGGUGGCAGAGACAGCAGAGAAGGGAAGAGAGCAGAGGGGGUGGCAGCAGAGCGGGCGAAGGGGCUGGUAGAUGCAUGCAGGGAAGGGGAGUGUGUCCCACAUGGGGCCACUUCUGAGUCGAUUCAAAGGGAAUCGUUGUUGAGAGGAAGCGAGGAUGUGGCGGAGACAGCAGAUGGGGCGACGGAGGGCAUUCAAAGAACGUUGUCGUUGAGAGAAAACUGCGGAGACAGCAGAGAAGGGGAGACAGCAGCGGGGGUGAAGGGGGUGGAAGAUGCAUGGAGGGAAGGGGAGAGUGCCUCACAUGGGGAGACUCCUGAGUUGAUUCAAAGAGAAUCGUUGUUGAGAGCAAGUGGCGGAGACAGCAGAGAACGGGAGACAGCAGAGGAGGUCAAGGGGUUGGAAGAUGCAUGCAGGGAGGAGGAGAGUGACCCACAUGGGGGCCAGGAUGCCAAGGGCUCGUUGCACAAGAGGAGGAGGAGUGUGUCCCACAUGAGGAGUUACUCCCUCUUCCGGAGGAGGAAGGGAGUGCAGGAGGAGGAGGAGGAGGAGGAGGAGGAGGAGGAGGAGGAGGAGGAGGAGGAGGAGGAGGAGGAGGAGGAGGAGGAGGAGGAGGAGGAGGAGGAGGAGGCGGAGGAUGCGAGUGGCUCCACAGAAGGUGACGAGCAAGGGCGUGUACCUGAUGGCAGCGGGGUGCCAUCCCCCCCCCGCUCUCUGUGCCUGUGCUCCCAUCCCUGGCUGCCUGCUGGACGUGGAAGGAUGGCAGCGGGGCGCCAUCGCGCUGUCUGUGCAUGUGCUUCCAUCCCUUGGAAGCGGCUGUGUUUCCCGCCGCUGUCUCAUCCCACAGUAUCCCCCACGUCGCUCUGCGUGCCUGCAGGCCUGCUGGACGUGGAAGGGUGGCAGCAGGGCGCCAUCAACCUGUCUGUGUGUGUGCUUCAAUCACUGGGUGUGCGCCUGCUGGACGUGGAAGGGUGGCAGCGGGGCGCCAUCCCCCUGUCGGUGUUUUGGGGCUACGCCAGAAAGAUUCGAGUGCUGCCUCUGCUGCUCUUUGCCGCCCUCUUCCUCACCGCACACGUCUCCAACGCCCUCGUCAGCUGGUUCCUGGGCCUGUGGACGGAGGGGCCUGAGACCACACCGCACCGCUUGCCAUCCUCACGGCCAUCGCCCUGUCCUGCGUGGCCCACUCCCUCCUCUAAUCUCUCGCCUCCCUUCUCCUCCCCCAAUCCAAGGUUCCUGGGCCUGUGGACGGAGGAGCCCAACACCACACCGCACCCACUGGUCACGCUGGCAGCCAUCGCCCUGUCCUGCGUGGCCCUCUCCCUCCUUGCCUCUCUCCUCCUCCACUUCGCCGCACUGCGCGCCUCCUCCUGUAUGCACUCACUCAUGCUUUCAUCGGUGCUCGCCUCGCCGCUCGCCUUCUUCCACCGCAACCCCACGGGGCGCGUGCUGAACCGGUUCAGUGAGGACCUCGGGGUUACCGAUGAUGUGCUGCCCCAGCUGCUGCUGGAUUUUCUGAAUCCCUUCGGCCUGUGCGUUGCUGCGGUGGUAUCAGCGUGCAUAGCUGUGCCGUGGACACUCAUCCCCAUGCUGCCGCUGCUGCUGCUGCUGCUGCACCUGCGGCAUCUGUACGUGUGCACGGCAAUGGAGGUCCGACGUAUGGAGUGCACCACUCGCUCCGUGCUGCUCGCUCGCUUCCUCGCAACCAUGGAGGGCCUCCCAACCAUCCGGGCCUUCUCCCAGCAGCGCCGCUUCCAUCGCCUCUUCCUGCGCCACGUCACCACCAACGCCAGCCCGCACCUAUUCUGGAUUGCCACGUGGGAGUGGUUGGGCUUCCGAUUGGACCUCCUCGUUGCCGCCGCCUUGCUCUCCGCCGCCCUCGCCGCCGUCGCCCUGCGCCACUCGCUGCCGCCCGCCAUGGCCGCGCUGGCUUUGUCUUAUCUGCUGCAGCUGCCGGACUCCCUGCGGUGGGCGCUGCAAUACGGCGUGGAGCUCGAGAACACGUGCGGCAAGGGAAGGGUGCUGGACUCCCUGUGCUGGGCAUUGCAGUAUGGCGUGGAGCUGGAGAGCACGGUGAGGAUUGGGGAGGGGGAGUGA